AUGUUUUCAGAAGUGAAAAGUUGGAUUAAUAGAGGACAAAAGGUGAAGGGAACAGUUCUUUUGAUGCAAAAGAAUGUCUUGGACAUUAACGUUCUUACUUCUGCUACAAGCGCACGUGGUUUAUUCAUAGGUGGAGUCAACGCCGCUGCUGGUGUUACUAACGCUUUAAUUGACACUUACACUGCACAUUGGGGCCGUUCUGUGGCUUUCAGCUUGAUUAGUGCUACUUCUACAGAUGGAAGUGGAAAAGGAAAAGUGGGGGAGAAAACAUAUCUAGAAGGUCUCGUUACUUCCAUACCAAUAUUGGGAGCAGGGCAGUCUGCAUUUGAUAUUCAUUUUGAUUGGGAUAGUGAGAUGGGAAUUCCAGGAGCAUUUUAUGUUGAAAACAAAAUGCAAGGAGAAUUCUUUCUUGUAAGUUUGACACUAGAAGAUAUUCCCAAUCAUGGAACCAUCCACUUUGUUUGCAACUCAUGGGUUUACAAACAUACAAAAUAUAAUACUAAACGCAUCUUCUUUGCCAACAAGACAUAUCUUCCAAGUAAAACACCAGCUCCAUUAGUGUACUAUAGACAAGAAGAACUAAAGAAUUUAAGAGGAGAUGGAAGAGGAGAGCGUGUUGAAUCAGAAAGGAUCUACGAUUACGAUGUAUACAAUGAUUUGGGUAAUCCUGACAGGAAAGCUAGCCUGGCUCGUCCCGUUGUCGGAGGAUCUAGCAACAUGCCUUACCCUAGAAGGGGGAGAACUGGUAGAAAUCCAUCUAAGAAAGAUCCGAAAAGUGAGAGUCGGGGCGACUUCUUUUACAUUCCAAGAGACGAAUCAUUUGGUCAUUUGAAGUCUUCAGAUUUUCUUGUUUACAUACUCAAAUCAGCAUCUCAAAAUAUCAUACCGCAAUUGAGAUCUGUAGUUACAUUACAACUCAAUAACUCUGAGUUUAACACAUUUGAAGAAGUGCGCUCCCUUUACGAUGGUGGAAUUAAGCUUCCUACUGAUGUACUAAGCAAGAUUAGUCCAAUACCACUUUUCAAGGAAAUUUUUCGAAAUGAUGGUGAACAAGCCCUUAAGUUUCCACCACCUAAAGUGAUUCAAGUGAAUCAAUCUGCAUGGAUGACAGAUGAAGAAUUUGCAAGGGAGAUGAUUGCUGGUGUGAAUCCACACAUCAUCAAAAGGCUUCAAGAGUUUCCACCAAAAAGCAAGCUAGAUAGGCAACUCUAUGGUGAUAAUACAAGCACUAUAACCAAAGAACACUUGGAGCCAAACAUGGGCGGAGUCACUGUAGAACAAGCUAUCCAAAACAAAAAACUUUACAUACUUGAUCACCACGACACAAUAUAUCCAUUUUUAAGGAAAAUAAACGCAACUGAUACGAAGACAUAUGCUACUAGAACCAUCAUUCUCUUGCAAAAUGAUGGAACUUUGAAGCCAUUGGCCAUUGAACUAAGUAAGCCACAUCCUCAAGCUGAUAGUUUCGGUCCUGUCAGUAAAGUUUACUUGCCUGUAAGUGAAGGUGUUGAAGCUUCAAUUUGGUUCCUUGCCAAGGCUUUCGUUGUUGUAAAUGACGCCACGCAUCACCAACUUUGUAGCCAUUGGUUGAACACUCAUGCUGUUGUUGAGCCAUUCAUCAUAGCAACAAAUAGACAUCUUAGUGUGGUUCACCCUAUUCAUAAACUUUUACUUCCUCAUUACCGCGACACAAUGAACAUCAAUGCACUUGCUAGAAAUGUUCUAGUUAAUGCGGAGGGUAUUAUAGAAUCAACAUUCUUGGGUGGAGCAUGUUCUGUGGAAAUGUCUUCUUUUGUAUACAAAGAUUGGGUUUUCACUGAGCAAGGAUUGCCUCAUGAUCUACUCAAAAGGGGAGUGGCUGUUGAAGAUCCAACUUCACCGCACGGUGUUCGUCUUCUGAUAGAGGACUAUCCUUAUGCUGUUGAUGGGCUAGAUAUAUGGGCUGCUAUUAAGUUAUGGGUUGAAGAAUAUGUGAACUUCUACUACAAGUCAGAUACUGAUGUUUCUCAAGAUUCUGAACUCCAGGCAUUCUGGAAAGAACUUGUAGAAGUGGGCCAUGGUGAUUUGAAGAAUGCAACAUGGUGGUUUAAGAUGCAAACUCGUGCAGAGUUGAUUGAAGCUUGCACCAUUCUCAUAUGGAUUGCUUCAGCACUUCAUGCAGCUGUUAAUUUUGGACAAUAUCCGUAUGGAGGAUACAUCCUUAACCGACCAACUAAAAGUAGAAGAUUCAUGCCUGAGAAAGGAUCACCGGAGUAUGAUGAGCUUUCUAAGAACUUUCAGAAGGCUUAUUUGAAAACAAUCACACCAAAAAAGGAUGCCCUUACUGACCUAACAAUCUUAGAGGUCUUGUCAAGGCAUGCUUCUGAUGAGCAGUACCUUGGACAGAGAAAUGAAGGUGAACUUUGGACUUCUGAUUCAGUACCAUUAGAGGCAUUCAAGAGGUUUGGAAGGAAGUUGUCUGAAAUUGAGAAAAAGCUUGUUGGAAGGAACAAUGACGAGUCGUUGAGGAAUCGCUAUGGACCUGUGAAGAUGCCUUACACUUUGCUUUAUCCUUCUAGUGAGGAAGGAUUGACUUGCAGAGGCAUUCCUAAUAGUAUCUCCAUCUAA